CUCCCGGCCCUCCGCGUCCCGGGCGCUGCAGGGAAAUGAUGGGUUUGGGGUGUUGGGUUUUUUGUUUGUUUUUUUUUUUUUUUUUCCCUUUUCUCUCCCCUUUCCCGCCCCCCUUCCCCCAGCGCUUUGUGAGGGGCUGUGGAAGGGCGAAGCUGGGCAGGGAGCGGCGGCUCUUUCUCCCCGCGCACAACAUGGCGGGAGCGCCCUGCGGCAGCGGGGCUGGCGGCGCUCCAGCCGGGCCGGGCGGGGGGGCGGCCGGCCGGGAGGACAAAGGCAGCUCGGAUAAUGCCGGCGCAGCCCCGGCUGCUAUAAAUAACACCGCCCUUCCCCCGCCGCAGCCUCCCGCUCUCUUUAUAAACAGCAAGCCAUGGAAGUCGCCUAAUGCAGAGGGGGGGGAAAAAGAGGAACAACCAACAACACCCCCUUCCCUACACACAUAAGGGGAAAAAAAAAAAAAUAAAAUGCACAAAAAAAUUAAAGCCCGGGCAGUGUGGAAGACGGGGGGAAUCAGCAGCGCUGGCCGCGGGAGGGGCCGGGCGGCGCCGCCACCUCCCCGCCCGGAGCGGGUGCGCCGGGGGGAGCGCGGCCGCCGCUCCCCGUCACAUGGCUCUUUGUUGUUUUCCUUCUCUGCCUCUCCUGGGCUGUUCCCCCCUCCGCCAUCACCCAGCCGGGGCAGCGCUGCCCUGCCUCCUCCGGCCUGCAGCGCCGAGCUCCCCGGGCCCGCUCGGGCAGGGCUGGCGCGGAGCCGGUGCCGUGCUGCAGUGGAGCCGCCAUGGCCCGAUGAGAUUCUGCUGCAGCUCGCUUUGAGUGGAGGCUGAGGGUUAUCUCGGAAUUUCACAAGCCUCGCUGUGCUCUGCGGGGAAUUGCAGCUUGUGCUCACUGCAGACCCAGAGUAGGUGAGCCAGGAAAGCCUGGCUUGAGCAACCACUUCAGAGGGCAGGACAGGGAGGAAAAGCAAACACAGUAGAGAGGUGGCCUCCCUGGUAAGGCUAGAGCAGGACCGUCCUGCGGACUCUGAGGGAGGGAGAAGGUAAGUGGCUGCUUGGCAGAGGCUGUCUGCGGGAGCGGCAUGUGCCGGGCAGGGUGCGCCCUGCCCGCAGCUCCUGCGGCUCAGCACAAGCCGGUCCGUGGGUUUGUACAACCUGUGCUGUGGUAUGUGCCGAGGCUCAGGGCUGUUUCCCUGCGAGGGAGCAGGGUGCUGCCGCGAAGGAGGCACCGCAGCCCGCGCCUUUCGCAACAACUGCGCUCAUCGCUCCAUUCCUCGCUCCCCCCCUCGCUCCUCACCGGGUCAGCCUCUAUGUCGAGAGCAAGCGACAAACCGUCCGCACAAAACAGAACACGUUCCCAUGGAGGGGGAGAAAACCAAACAAACCAACAGCAAAACCAAAGCUCUUCCGCAGUGCCAGGCUGGCGUUGUAGCGCUGCGAGCCCUGUCGGGGACUGCGGCGCUCGGAGCUGGGGCCGCCCGACCCGCCGCUCGGUCCCUGCCCGGCCGGGAGCGCCGGGCCCGCGCUGGAGCCAGCGCUGAGCACCCGGCCCGGGUCACGACGGCUCCCAGUGACCGUCUGCUGGCAAAAUCGGAAGGAACGGUGACGCUGUUCUUAGCUGAACACCAUUAAAAUGCUCCUCUGGUAUCUCUCAAUAGAGGUGAAAAGCAUUUCAGCUUCCUGGAAAUGGCCGAAAGAGGCGACGUGUAGAUCAAAGACGGCUGUUCCCGGUGGUAGAAUCCAUGAAGUGCUCCAGCUGGGAGAGGUCCUAACGCGUGUGCCUGGCGCUGCGUACGUGCAAACCAGGGCCAGAAAUUGCUGGGGCAGCAGGCGCUGGACAGCGAGCCUGCAGUGCCGCCCCAGUGAGUUGUGUGAGUCCUCAGCACUGCUGGAAGUUGUUUUUCAAUACGCGCCCUCUGUUUUUGAGAAGUACACAACGAGUGUGACGGUGGGGAAGAAGGAGGUCACCCUGAACCUGUACGACACCGCAGGGCAGGAGGACUAUGAUCGGCUACGGCCACUUUCUUACCAGAACACCAAUGUCGUGUUAAUCUGUUACGAUGUCAUGAACCCCACUAGCUAUGAUAAUGUAGCAGCCAAGUGGUAUCCUGAAGUGAAUCACUUCUGCCGGGGUGUCCCGCUCGUGCUGAUCGGCUGCAAGACAGACCUUCGGAAGGACAAGGAGCAGCUGCGCAAGCUCAGGGCUGCCAAGCAGGAGCCCAUCACCUACAGCCAGGGUGAGGCAGCUUGCAAGGAGAUUAACGCACAAAUUUACCUGGAAUGCUCAGCAAAAUGUCGUGAGAACAUAGAAAAUGUUUUUAAAGAAGCUACAACCAUUGCACUGAGUGCCAUGAAGAAAGCCAAGGGCCACAGGAAACAGAAAGUGUGCUCAGUGUUAUGAUCUGGACUGCACGAGAGCCAAGUGAUUCAGAUUUUAUAAAAGUUUCACUUUAAAAACUUUUUUUUUACAUGUUCGUAUUCCUAGGAUAAUUUUUAUUUUAAAAUUUUAAUUAUUUUUAGUAUUUUUGCACUUUUGUUACACUGUUCUCACAGAGUUUUCAAAGCUGUUUAUCACAGUUAACUCAUGCCGUGUGCCUUCACCCAUCUGCCUUUUGCUUCUAAGUGUGAACAACUCACUAUUUAAACUGCAAUGAACAGCAACUGCUACUAUAGAACUUAGCAUUGGUGUUUUUCUUCCUCUGCAAAAUAAUUGUGGCAUGUUAGAGCUACAAUUUACUGUCUUUUUCCAGUAGAAAACUCACAUCUUUCAGAAGCAAUGUUAGAGCAGCUUAUCAGGCACCUUUGAGGAGACAGAAGAAGUUUUGUCUUAACAUUUUCAAAUUAAUUAGCUCGGUGGCAAUGGCAGGAAUUGGCAUCAAGCUGCCCCCUGAGUGCAGAUGGAACAUCCACCACCUCCCAGGACCAGCUCUGCAGACCUGCACCUCAGAGUUCUUCAAGGCCUGCUGCUGGAAUGGAAAGUGGCAUUUAUCAGUGGAAAUACGUCAGUUGCUCCAAUUAAAUAAUGGAGUAUCAUGGGAAAUGGUUAAUUUACAGCAAUCAAAUUUAGAAGUACUCCAAGCAGCUACUACGUGUAAUGUUAAGUCAGUCUUAUAAUAAACAUUUACAGCCUAUUUAAUACAAGAAAGAUGCAAAUCAUGAUGCACACUGGAGGAAAAUUUCAUUCACUUCUGAAAUAAUCUCUGCUGGUAUAAAUUAAAAUUUUCCCUUUUGUGAUGAAGUUGUCUAAGGAUCAGGGAGGCUCCCACUGCACACCCUGGUACAUGUGCCUGCUAUCUCCUGGUUCUUUUGCACAUCCCCCCACUGAGAUCUCAGACUGUAGAAACAAUCCCUAGUUUGUACUCAUCAUAAACCAAACCUGAGAGAGGAAAUGAGGUUCCUGCAGUACAGGUGUUGCUGAAAGCUUUCUGUGUAAGGCAAACUGUACAUGACCAGCUGGUGCAAAACUGUUUUGGAGCAAGCCAUCAUUAUUGUUUUACAGGCAGGUAAACAGGUCUUGACUCUUGAAAAAUAUUUUUCUUUUUUCUCCUAACUUGUUUUGAUUUAAUUAAGAUUUGUGAAUACUUAUGAGCCUAAAAUGGGAAAUUAAAUUAAUUGGAAGUUUGUGCACAUCCUUGACUAUUGAAAAACCUUGAAGAA